AUUAUUAUUAUUAUUAUUAUUUGUCGCUCUCUAGACUAGCGCUAUCAAAGCGCCUAUAUUUAUAUUUUGAUAUAAGAGCCUGGGUCCCUGUGGCAGAUUUAGAAUACCUGAGUAAACACACACUGUUCGAUAAGUUGUCAAGUUUCCAAGUGGAGGUAGAAUCGCUGUAUUGCCCAAAUCUGGAAUCUGUCAAUUAUCAUUAGUUGAUCGAAACAAAUUUUUUUUUUAAAAAAAACUCUUUUAGGUGUACGUAGUAUCGUCUACUUUUCAGGAACUGCAGUGACAAAAUGACAUUUGGAUUUUUGGCGAUUUUUCUAUGGAUUGUUUUGCAUUUGAUCCAGCGAGAUCAUUUUCAAAACGGUAAAAUGCAUGCUAGACGAGUAACAUCACUGAACAGUAGUUGCUUUUCAACUGAAAAUUCCUUAGUUACGAAACAGGAGCGAUCAUCCUUCACUCCACAACGUCACUGUAAAUGUUUUUGUUUAUAACCGGUUUUCUGUGAGAAGAGAUCAGAGCCGGAAGUAAAAGGUGCGUUAAAAAAUAAACAGAAAAAUACCUCUCUCCAGCAGUAACAACGGUAAAAGUGGUUGUUCAAUGAGGACAUCAAAAAAAGGACACUGAGUCCAUCGGUCCAGACUUCUUUACCUAUAGAUGAAGGAUCCCGCUUGAUCAGAGGUUUUACUGAAUAUGGUGACCCCUGUCAUGCGAAUGAUUUAAAGAUGACAGCGAAAAUAAAUUGCGUGUUUUAGUUAUCGCAUGUGACGAUCGCUGGUUGCGCCCAACAGAUAUAAGGUGAUAAUCCGCACAUUAACCCAACAAACAAGCCACGAACGAACGAGAAAAGAGAAUUUUUUUCUUGAUGCAACAUGGCAGCCAGUCGAAAAAACACUUCCUUGGGGUACAUUUUGAUUGCAGUGUUGUCACUGUGUGUUGUUCUUCCACAAGUUUCUGCUAACGGAAGAGCAGAGACCAGGAUCAGGGCCAAAAGACAAGGUACGUGAUGUGUGGUAUCUCUAUGUUUUUUUUUUUUACAAUGACGACUUAGUAAAACUAGCGACGUAUGGCUUGCAUUAGCAAAACUUUCGCAAGUGUUGGUUUUUUUUUUAGGAACAGCUGAAGUUAAACGAUUUCUUUUGGUACAUUUCUAUCACAUCCAAACACGGACAAGCAUGUCAGGGAGCCGACUUUAUAAUUAACGCGUUUGAUCCUCGAGUAUAUUGAUGGCAUGACAGUGAACGACAACUAAAAAGUUUGCAAAACACCCUUGCUGAAAGCUGCUAAUUUAGCACCACAGAUCUGCUAACUUGGCUAGAUUCAAUUUUAAUUGUUACAGUUAACAGUCUUCCACUGGCUAAUCCAUUCCCUCCGGGGACUGAGCAGAUAUAUAAUGAAUGGGAAAUCCUCCCAGUCACCCAAAACAUGAAAUAUGUAAGCUAAGGCAUUUUUCUGUGCGAUACUAGUCCUUUUAGGCUAUUUCCUUCCGAUCGCUUUUUUUCCCUCUGUGCAUGCAGCGUUUUAUACGUGAUAAAACCCUUACUGCUAGGUUCCGCCUUGCAGUUCCCUCACAAUUGACCCUUUAAACGGUCUGUUUCACCCUGUUAGAAAAGAUUUUGUGAUAAACGUCAUUAGUCCACUUAUAUCCUUUUGCUUCUCGGAGAGUCGAUUGAAAAAAUUCUUCCAUGAUGACAGUGAAACUUUAAGAACGGUUAAUUCUCUUCCUCACUUUAAACUGACCUAGCCUCAUGAGAGAUCACGUGUUUUCCGGUACAUAUUUUACUUUCUUAGGUAAAAAACACCGAAUAUAAGCGUAGUAGUGACAAUUAUAAAAAUUCAGAUAAAGUGACAAAGCAUGUUAAAUAGAACGCAAUUUGUCAGCCUUCAAAAUGCUUUCAAUAAUUGGCGGCUUAACUUCAGCUACUUCACUUUAUUUUUGCCCCUAAACAUUUAUAAACUAUCGUAAGUAUUGUAUUGUUUACUCCUUUUUGCCUUCCAACCCUUCAGUUCAUUCUUCAUAGUGACAAACCGCUUAUGUCAUUAAAGAUUUCCAAACAUUUCAAGUAUUCUUUUGUAAAAUCCUUAGAAAUAAAGAGUACAAUGCAACACUACUGCCAAGAUGGUUUCAUUUGAAUUACGAGACCAUAGGAUUUCAUUCACAGAUUUAAAAGUUAGAGUGAUAAAUCAUCCUCUCAGAUUUGGUGAAAAGGGUUAAGCAUCUAUCCCCAUCUGUCAUUGAGAUAACUUCCUUUGUUGCAAUCGAUGCACAAAAACGAAAGGGUUGCGUGGAAUGUGCUAAUACGAAAUCAACCUCGUCCCCAGGGCUUUUCCCCUAUGGGUGGGGUCGCCCCACCCAUUUUUUUAAGGGGAAAGCCUUGGGGACGAGGUAGGUACGAAACGUAAAAUGAGUUUUUCAGAAAUGCGUUAUCAUGGCAGAAAUCACCGAAUUAAAAAGCCUUCCAUAAAAACAAUGAAAGCAUUUUUUUGCUUUAUCCUAGUUCACUUCCGUUUUUUCUUAACUUGUUUCAUUAAAUUCUACUCGAGCUCUGUCCUACAAUCUUGGCGUUUCUAGGUGGAGGGGGAGGGGGGAGGGGGACGAGAGAAGCGAAAAAGGGAGAGAGCAAAAGACAAGCACUUACUAAGAACCAAGAACAGAGGAGAAAGUUUCUCAUUGUUCUACUAACAAAGAAGGUAUCCACUCCAAUUUUAGAGGGAGUGUACGGAAUCUUUGUUCACACUUAUUUACUGAACAUCUGCAACUGUUUUACAAAAGAAAGUGCUAAAAUUUUCACAAAAUGCGUUCCGAGAAAACACACUUCAAGCUUCAAGCAGAAGAGGAUCGAAAUGCACACUCCGUAAUUGGUUGCGUUCAGUAGCCAAUAAGAAAGCUAGAAUUUUCGAUCCCUCACGUUGCUCAUGUUAAAGCAACUAAGCAUAAAGUCAACCCGGCAACUGAUGCGGUUCGCGUGGAGAACCGAAACCAUGGUCUUGCCUGAUCACAAAGUGGCAAUAACAGAACAGUCGCAAGACUAUUAAGCUAAUUCGAAAGUUGUCACCAAGGUAGGAACUACGUGCUCCAGCCAAAGACUUACGUUAAUAGAAAAACGAGCUGGAGUUUAAAAUUCAUUGUUUUAGAGCAAUCAUGACAUCGCAAUUCUUCAUAGUUGAUGUAGCUUAAGUUUAAGCUGCAACCCAUUCUUCGAGAUUUGGAUCUGUAAAUCACCAUUUGUGAGAAUUUAACAUCCUGCUAAAAACAGUAACGAGCUAAGCCCAGCGUGACAAUACAUUGCAGUAAACCGUCACAUUCACGGACAAAAAGAGCUUAAAUAAUUAUUCAGAUCCAGGAGGCACUUUGGAGAAAUUAAACAACCUAAAACCUUUAUUUAGCCGCAAUGAAAAAAGUUACAUUUCAAAAGAGGUCAAAGAAAAAAUUCUCUUCCAUCAGAGGGCAAAUCAUCACUGAUUCAUGCCGAGCAGAAACAAUAAUAACCGCAAAAAAUCAAUAUGCGUGUCACGACCUCUCAGUUUGAAAUAAGCAGCAAAAAUCACAUUUUAUCAGUCAAAACUUAAUCCUCCCGAGCAAUCUACCCGUCAGAGAAAAAGAAAAACUGAUUAUUGGAACAAACAGCAUUUUGGCAUGAGCCAGGUGUGGGCAUGAUGUAAACGUCGUGUGUUGCCUACCGACCCCCUUUUUACACUCCUUCCUUUCUCUCCUCCCCCCUUCCCCCUACCUCCUCCCCUAGCCCCUUAGGAAGGCCUGAUACUCAGGCUACAUGGUAAGUGCUUUGGCACCGAUUUUCAAAUUUUCAUCUCUUUCCAAUGUCUCCUACUAGGAGACCUAAGACAGCUGCUACAUUUGAAUUUACUUAAGGCCGCUUGAUCACUGAUGAACCAAUCACACGGUAGUACGCCAGUCUGUUGAUCUCAGUUCAGGUGCCAUUGGCCCUGCAUUGGCCUUUUCUCCUUUUUCGUUCUAAUCAGUUCAAAGGGGGCCUAGAAGAGCCCACAUUACUGUUCUAAAAGAUUAGGGGACUCAGCAAAGGGACUCAGUAUAGUACCCGGGAGAAUAGUACCUUGUGUACAUCCGCCCUCUAGGAGUAUAGACAAUCUUUUGUAGGUUUUUGGGAAGAGGAAGUGGUACGGCCGUGCUCUUUUUUGGCGGGAACUAUCGUGGUGUCCCAUUCCGGUGAAGUUACUAAAUUACAUCAGGAGCGUAAUAGACUCCUGAUUACACUGAUUACAUUGAAUAAUGUUAAAAGGAACGACAGUUAUACAACAACUCUGCUCAUGGGGGAAAUGCCAGUCUCGCAUUUAGUCUCGCUCUAAUUUGCCUUUGAAUUUGUUUCAACACAGACUGUAAAGAUAACGAAAAUGUGCAAAGGACUUGUGAGAAACUUGUCAAGGAGCUGGGACUAGGAGUUUGCUACACGGAAAUUGAACAACUGAAGGCGAAGCUGAACAGAAGUUGUGCUGCCACUUGCCACCUCUGUAAGUAAUGCAAACUUUAUGAAAGAUGUUAUCUUUUAGUCCAGACAUGGUAAUCUCUUGAUAUGUUGUUCUACAGGUGGAAAGCCCCAGGAAGACUGCAGAUUUAGCUCUUUUGGCUGCUGUUGGGAUUUGCGCACGCCACGGAAAGAUGUCUAUGGAAUCAAAGGCUGUCCUGGUAAACGUCACAAUUAAAAAAAAAUCCAAAAAGAACAACCAGUGAAUUUUUCAAUCAUUUCCAUUUUUUUUAGCUCUAGUCAAAAAGUUGGGAUAAUGAAAAAUCAUUGAUAAAAUAAGCAGUACCGAGUAUUGAAUAUGCAUUAGGGCUUCCAGGAACGGAUUCAGAAGGCUUGGUCUUGCUAGCCAUUGCCUGCACCGUCACUGCGAAUUGCCUGCCAGCCAGCCAGCUUGUCCUGUGGUGGCCAACACUUGGGCACCUGCGACGCGGUUGCCCAGUGCCCACAUUCUUAGACACCCUAAUAAGGGACGCUGGGGCAUCAGCGAACUCUCAGCCUGCAUGGACGACAGAGUGGACUAGGCGUCCAGGGCUGAGUUGCUCAAAGCAUGGUUAGCUUUAACCAUUGGUUAAGCAGUAUCAAAACUAAUACGUUGUCAAGGUAUUAAACGCUGGUUAACGCUAACCAUGCUUCGAGCAACUGGGCCCAGGUCACAAGCUCGGCUGAGGCCGCCCGAAUUGAAUGAAAAUAUGAGAGAUUCCAAAAGCCCUGUUUCGUGGAUGCUUUUUUAUAUUACGGUCAGGAACCGAUUAUGUAUAACUUGUGCUCCUACUUGUCGAAACAACCGCUUGCAUUUUUCAUUUGGAUUUCAAUUUUCACAAAAGGAAGUGAACGAUCUCUUCUUUAACACGCUUGUGACGCUUGUUUACGCUCUGCACUAUUUUAAAGCACGCCCAGCGAUGGGCUAAAUGCUUAAUAAAAGGGAAGCUUCAGCGCGCAGGAGCUCAUAUGCCGGGGGCUCCUGCUGCGCGUUAGCCGAGAGUAGCAAAGAACAGCAAAGAACAAUAAGUGCGCGAAAGGAACUUCAUGGUUUCGUGGUGAGACUCAAAUCGGCGAUACGGAUAAUUAGAGGUCUUAAUGUAUAGUAUCAGUAGUAAGCUUGCACAACUGACGUCAAUGUUUUUUGUUUCUCUACUCUCUUUUUCUAGAUUGCAAAGACCAUCUUAAAUUGUGCAAGCGAUUCAAGAAAUUCUGCUUUGGGAAGAAGACGGAGAACAGAGAAUUUAUCGAGCUUCACUGCCCGAAGACUUGCAAUAAGUGCAUUGAAAGGAAGCAUGUGAAAGUGGGAGGUCAGAAGAUCAAGAUGAGUGACUGGUUCAGAGUUUGAAGUCUUUUUUAUCUGGGUUAAAGUAGUUCAUUUUAUAGUCUGUCUACAAAUGAAAACAUUUUUUUAAGAUAAAUUUCAGAGCUCGAGUUUGCAUGAUUUUUAAAAUCAAUUUAUAGUUAAAGGUGACACCUAUCAUAGAAGAGCUAUCAUAUCUAAAUCAGCUUGCACUGAUUUUGAAAUCUUUCUGCAAGUAUGAAAUAUGGCAGAAGCAUAUAACAGGACUUGAAGAAUUCGUUAUUAGCUACGUCUUAGACAGAGAUGCGUUCAAUUCUCUGAUUCGAUAUUUGGGCAAAAAAAUUUUCGUGCUUCUGAUUGGACGGCUAGAAAGCCCCAGCAUGGUUCCAAACAAAUAAGGGGAAUUUAGACGCUUCAGGGUUAUAUAUGCUUCUAAAUAUAGUAAGUGGCAUUUUUAAUAACUUGUUUUCUUUUUCUUUUACUCAGCCUGAUUAAAAGGCCAUAGGCAAAGACUGUAAACAAGAUAAUGUUUACCUUCUGUUCAUUUCACAAAACUUGUAGGGAGGGAUCUCAAACUCUCAGAAAAAGAGGAAUUUCAAGCUUUUGCUCUACAGACUGAAAUAUCAGUGAAACUACACUGAAUGAGUAUGUGACCGUUUUUUUGUUUUUUGAUAAUUUGCCACACAUUUAUGAUGUAACUGAUAGGUUAGCGUUAUUGUGAGAUAUCUGAUGAAUAUUCACGUACAAUAAA